AAAAAGAAUGGAACCAACACCAAUUUCUAAGAUGGCGCCGAAGUAAGCUGCAGCAAAACUGGUGCUGGUGCAAAAUUCGAUCGACUGGACUGGCUUGCAAGCGCUUCCCCCUUGUUCCCGUUGGUAAACAACAAUAGCAGCGCACCACCGAUGUGCCAGCAGUGCGUUAGUUUUCGGUGAUUUCGUCUCACGAUCGCGCUCUCCUGUGUAUCUCCUGCGGAAACCGUGCCGUUUGUGUGUGUGUGUGUGUGUAUGUGUGUGCGUGCGUUGCGAGUGUCACACACAGCCUUGGAGCACCUUCUUCACCCCGGGGCACGGCGAAAGAAAAUGGCGUCGACAGCCAAGUGUUGAGUGGAAAAUUUUCGCUACAGUGCCCGAGCGUGUGGCGCCAAUUUGAAGGGCCCAACGUACCCUUUCCGGGCCGGAAACGGUCGCAUUCGAUUCGUCACGGUGUCGCGCACGUUCUCAGCCACAUUUCCAUAUGGUAGAAGCAUUUUUCCCCUACACCGCCGAAGAAAACACUGCUAAAAAGCGUAAUGAGCCAGACAAAAGAGGAUAAAAGUGAUUCGGAAAAUGAAUCCAGCAGCGGUGGCAGUAAAAGUGGCUCUUCCUCCGACUCCGAGAGCGAAUCCGGAUCCGGUUCGUCCAGCUCGAGCUCGAGCGACAACGAGCACGACGCGUCCAACAACAAUGGGUUGAGCCGGAACACCAGCGGCACGACAUCCACCACUACCCACAACACAUCCACCGGUUCGAGCGGAAGCGAUUUGCGCAACUCGCGGACAGAGAAUGGACUUUCCGACAGCAAAUCCAGCCUCAACCGGCACGAUGAGGAAGAGGAGGAGGAGGACGACGACGAUCGGAACGACUCCGAUGAGGACGCAUCGAUGGGCGGUGGCAAUGAGCGGGUAGGCGCUGGCGCUAACCAUCAUACGCAUACGCACCCAUCGGCGCAAAACAGUCACAGUAGGCCUACGGGUCGAAGCUCGUCACACUCGGGCAGCGAUUCGGAGGAGAGUGGGGGAGAGGAGCCCGGACACACAAACGGACCGGAUGGGCACAAUGCAUCCGGCGUCAAUCACAACAGCGAUUCGGACAACAGUGCAAGCAAACCGAGCAAUACCAGCCGACAGCAAAGCGAUGACGACGAUGACGAGGAAGAGGAGGAUGAUGAUGAGGAGGAGGAGGAAGACGAUGAGGACGAAGAUGAGGAGGAGGAGGAGAAUGGGACGAGAACAGCAACACCAAAGGCCGAACAACGCCUUGCUGCGGGGGUAACGGCACCGUCCGUUCCGCCGCCCCCGGAUGAGGACGAUGACGACGAGGAGGAGGAAGACGAGGAUGAGGAUGAGGAGGAAGCGCAACAAUCCUCAAAAAGCAGCUACGAUGACGAGGAUUACGCGGCCAACAAGCUGAGGCGCAAAAGUGCGCGAAAGAAGGCGGUGGCCGCAGCCCGGAAACGACCCGCCGCCCAGCCCACGUCGAAAGCGAAGAAGAAGAAAAGCUCCAACAAUCGAUGGAAAUCGGAAACGUCCGAAAGUGAUGGCAGCGAUGGAGAUUCGGACGAUUCGCGGGAGCAGCGCCACCGGCGGAAACCUUCCGGCGCAGCGGCGGCGGCGGCAGCAGCAGCGGCAGCGAAAAAACGUUCCACCACAUCCAAUGCCAAAUCGAAGGCAGCGGCAGCGGCAGCCUCGAAGAAGAAGAAAGCGAACGCGUACAGCUCGGACGACGGCAGCAACAGCGACGACGAUCGGAAACGAUCCUCAGCGGCGACGCGCCGGAAGAACAACACCGUCAGCUACAAGGAGGAGAGCGGCGACGAGCCGACGGACAGCGACGACCUGCUGGAGGUGGACCAGGAAGCGGAGGAGGCUGCGGCGGCCCUGGCCGCCGAGGAGGAGAAGGCGGAAACGAUCGAGCGCAUCAUCGGGCGGCGGAAGGGCCGACGGGGUGCGACCGGUGCCGUGACGACGGUGUACGCGAUCGAGGAGAACGGCGACCCGAACGUGCUCGGGGGCGAGCGGGAGGACGAGGAGGAGGAACAGUUUCUGAUCAAGUGGACGGGCUGGUCGUACCUGCACUGCACCUGGGAGUCGGAGGAGACGCUGCGCGAGCAGAAGGUGAAGGGCAUGAAGAAGCUGGAGAACUACAUCAAGCGCGAGCAGCAGCUGGAGUACUGGCGCAAGUAUCAGGCCGGCCCGGAGGACAUCGACUACUACGAGUGCCAGCAGGAGCUGCAGCAGGAUCUGCUGAAAAGCUACUACCACGUGGAGCGCAUCAUUGCGCAGGCGAACAAGGCGGAGGAGGGCGACAGCGGGCUGGAGUAUCUGUGCAAGUGGGAGUCGCUGCCGUACUCGGACUCGACCUGGGAGGAUGCCGGGUUGAUCCGGCGCAAGUGGCAGCAGAAGAUCGUGGAGUUUCACGAGCGGGAGGAGUCGCGCCGGACGCCCUCCAAGCACUGCAAGGCGAUACGGUACCGGCCGAACUUUAAGCACCUGAAGCAGCAGCCCGAGUAUCUGGGCGAGGAGCGGGGCCUGAAGCUGCGCGACUACCAGAUGGACGGGCUGAACUGGCUCAUCCUGACGUGGUGCAAGGACAACUCGGUCAUCCUGGCGGACGAGAUGGGGCUCGGCAAGACGAUCCAGACGAUCUGCUUCCUCUACUACCUGUUCAAGUCGCAGCAGCUGUACGGGCCGUUCCUGUGCGUGGUGCCGCUCAGCACGAUGCCGGCCUGGCAGCGGGAGUUCGGCAUCUGGGCGCCGGAGCUGAACGUGGUCACGUACCUGGGCGAUGUGCAGUCGCGCGAGAUCAUCCGCCAGUACGAGUGGUGCUACGAAAGCACGAAGAAGCUCAAGUUCAACGCGAUCCUCACCACGUACGAGAUACUGCUGAAGGACAAAACGUUCCUCGGCUCGAUCGGGUGGGCCUCGCUGCUGGUGGACGAGGCGCACCGGCUGAAGAACGACGAUUCGCUGCUGUACAAGGCGCUGAAGGAGUUCGACACGAACCACCGGCUGCUGAUCACCGGCACGCCGCUGCAAAACUCGCUCAAGGAGCUGUGGGCGCUGCUGCACUUCAUCAUGCCGGAGCGGUUCGAGUCGUGGGACGACUUCGAGCGCAACUACGGCAACACGACGAACGACAAGAGCUACACCAAGCUGCACAAAGAGCUGGAACCGUACAUACUGCGCCGGGUGAAGAAGGACGUGGAGAAGAGCCUGCCGGCGAAGGUCGAGCAGAUACUGCGCGUGGAGAUGACGUCGAUCCAGCGGCAGUACUACAAGUGGAUCCUGUCCAAAAACUUUGACGCGCUGCGCAAGGGCAUGAAGGGUUCGGUCGGCACGUUUCUGAACAUCGUGAUCGAGCUGAAGAAGUGCUGCAACCAUGCGGCGCUGACGCGCCCGAUCGAGUUCGAGACGCAGCGCAACAGCCAGCAGGACGUGGUGCAGCAGCUGCUGAAGGGUUCGGGCAAGCUGGUGCUGCUCGACAAGCUGCUCUGCCGGCUGAAGGAAACGGGCCACCGGGUGCUGAUCUUCUCGCAGAUGGUGCGCAUGCUGGACAUACUGGCGGAGUACCUGCAGAAGCGCCACUUCUCCUUCCAGCGGCUGGACGGCAGCAUCAAGGGGGAGCUGCGCAAGCAGGCGCUCGACCACUUCAACGCGGAAGGCUCGACCGACUUUUGCUUCCUGCUGUCGACGCGGGCCGGCGGGCUGGGCAUCAAUCUCGCGACGGCCGACACGGUCAUCAUCUUCGACUCGGACUGGAACCCGCAGAACGAUCUGCAGGCGCAGGCCCGCGCCCACCGGAUCGGGCAGAAGAACCAGGUGAACAUUUACCGGCUCGUGACGGCCCACUCGGUGGAGGAGAACAUCGUGGAGCGGGCGAAGCAGAAGAUGGUGCUGGACCACCUCGUCAUCCAGCGGAUGGACACGACCGGGCGCACCGUGCUGGACAAGAACGGGGGCAGCAACACGUCCAACCCGUUCAACAAGGACGAGCUGUCGGCGAUCCUCAAGUUCGGCGCGGAGGAGCUGUUCAAGGAGGAGGAGGACGGGGACGAGGAGCUGGUGUGCGACAUCGACGAGAUACUGCGGCGGGCGGAGACGCGCGACGAGGCGCCCGGCAUGCCGGGCGACGAGUUGCUGUCGGCGUUCAACGUCACGACGUUCGAUUUCGACGAGGACAAGGUCGUGUCGGGGGCGAAACCGAUCGGCGGGGCGCCUGGUGGGGGCGCCGCCGACCAGGACCAGGACACCAAGGACUGGGACGAAAUCAUUCCAAAGUCGUACCGCGAGCUGGUGGAGGCGGAGGAGCGCGACCGGGAGAUAAAGGAUCUGUAUCUGCCGCCGCGCCGGCCCGCGGUGAAGCCGGGCGGCAACAGCCAGCACGGCGGCGAGCCGGACGGCCGCAAGGGCGGUGGGAAGGCGGGCGGCAAGAAGCGAAAGGGAGCGGCCGACGAGGACAGCGACGAGGCGAUGGAUUCGGACGGUGCGAGCGGGGCCGAGGAUGGCAAGGCGAAGCGAUCGCGCGGCCGGCCCUCGAACAAGGAGAAAAUCAACGGCUUCUCCGACGCCGAGCUGCGGCGGCUGAUCAAGAGCUACAAAAAGUUCCCCGCCCCGCUGAAGCGGCUGGAGGCGAUCGCGUGCGACGCCGAGCUGCAGGAGAAGCCGCUGUCCGAUCUGCGGCGCGUGGCGCAGCUGCUGCACGACCGCUGCCUGCAGACGAUGCGCGAAAUAGCGAAAGACGCGGAGGCGGAAGCGGGCGGGAAGCAUCACGGUGGCGGCAGCGCGGCUGCUGCCGCCGGGGCCGACGCGAAGAAGAAGUGCGCCCGGGCGGCGUACUCGAGCAAGAUCGGGGGCGCCUCGUUCAACGUGAAGACGAUGAUGCAGUGCGUGGAGGAGCUGCAGCCGCUGGACGAGGUGAUACCGAGCGAUGCGGCCGAGCGGGCCCGCUGGACGCUGAACAUCAAGACCCGGCCGCCCAACUUCGACGUGGACUGGGGCGGGGAGGACGAUUCGCGGCUGCUGCGGGGCAUCUACCAGUUCGGCAUUGGGUCGUGGGAAGCGAUGAAGAUGGACCCGUCGCUCGGGCUGGCGGACAAGAUACUGUCGAACGACGCGAGCCGGAAACCGCAGGGCAAGCAUCUGCAGUCGCGCGCCGAGUAUCUGCUGAAGGUGCUGCGCAAGACGCUCGAGCUGAAGCGCGGUCCCUCGAAGCCGCGCAAGCAGCGCAAGCCGAAGGAGAUGAAGUCGUCGCUGGGCGGGGCGGGCGUUGCGCUGGUCCCCGUGGUGAGCAGCCCGAUGCGCGAUGGCGGUGAUGCGUCGUUCAGCUGCUCAAUUUCGGCCACGAUAGCGGCCGUCGCCGCCGGGGAGGAUGUCACGAUGGGCGGUGGUGUGGUGGCCGGUGGCAAUGGGGCGGGUGGCGCUGGAACGGCCGCGCUGGGAGGUGGUGGAGCGGUUGCUCCCGGUGGAGGAGCGUCUGGCGGCGCGGUGGUCGGUUCGACUGAAGAGAAAAAGACUGGUAGCAAAAUUAAAAAACUGUCAGAAUCGGACCAUCAUCAUCAUCACCAUCAUCACCAUCAUCACAACCAUCACCAUCACGACGAGCAUUCGAACGGAUCGCGGGCGGCGGAUGAGCAUGCGGCAGUGGGGUCCUCCAAUCAUGCCGCGCCCGCCCCGGACAAGAAGGACAAAAAGAAAUCCAAAAAGGAUCGGCAGAAAGAUGCCAAGAAGGACAAGAAGAACAAAAACACGGGGCCGAUGCAUUUCACCGCGAACAAUGAACCGUGCGCCCUGAACAUACUGGGCGAUCUCGAUCCGACCGUGUUCAAUGAGUGCAAGGAAAAGAUGCGCCCGGUGAAGAAGGCGCUGAAAACGCUGGACAACCCGGACGAGUCGCUGUCGCAGGAGGAGCAGCUGCGGCAGACGCGCGCCUGCCUGCUGAGCAUCGGCGACCAGAUCAACCUGUGCCUGGCCGAGUACCGCGAUCCGGAGAAGGCGAAGGAGUGGCGCAGCAACCUGUGGUACUUUGUGUCGAAGUUUACCGAGUUCGAUGCGCGCAAGCUGUUCAAGCUGUACAAGCACGCGCUCAAGCGUUCCGAGGGGUCGGCCGCGUCCGGCGGGGAAGCGGGCGGUGGUGGUGGCACCACAAACUCAACGCCUGUUAAGGGAGACGGCAGUGGUGGGAAGGGCAGGAAAGCUGGCACGAAGAAAGACAACGGGCACGGUGAGGCUGGUGCGCCGCCGGGCGACAGUGCGGACGAGGGCAAGGGUGGUGGGUCGCGGCGCGAUCGAAAGGAGAAGAAGCGGCACCAUCAUCACCAUUCGCACCAUCCGGGCGGCGGUAUUGGCGGUCCGAUUAUGAGUGAUUCGGCGCUGCAGCAGCGGGAACGCUACCAACAGCAGCAGCAGUCGGCGGUCGGCGGUGAUAAUAGCCAUCACGGGUCGGAUGCGGUUAGUGCUGGUGGCCCGAAGGACGAUAGCUCAUCCACGAUGCAUUCCAAACGGCGGCUUGAGGAGGGAGAGUACGACGAAAAUAGCAAAGAGUACAAACGGCUGCACGGCGAUAGUCGCAGCAGUCAUCGGGAUCGGGACAAGAAGUGGGACGAGUACGGGCCGGAGCGGGACCGCAUGCGAAACGUACCACCAUCGUCCAGGGGCAGUGCACCGGGUACGCCGCAAAGCAUGCGCGGCGCUUAUCCGGACGAACGGAGCCCAGCCCCGUACCCAGCCGAUGGCGGUGCCUGGCGUGAUCAUCGUUUCGGGCCGGAUCAUAAACGGGACCGGUACGACGGUUACGGCAGCAGCAGACACUCCUCCUCCUCCGGUGGCUACCAUCGCGAUCGGGACCGUGAGCGCGAUCGAGAUCGGGAUCGAGAUCGGGAGCGGGACCGUGAUCGGGACCGUGACAGGGAUCGCGAUCGUGACCGGGUUUACAAGGACAAGCGAAGGUACCCUCCACCCGGUUCCGGUGGCUAUUCCGGUGGGCACGGUUACGGUAUGUCCCCGUCCGGGGGCUACUAUCCGCCCGGUAGCGACAGCUCCUACCGCUAUCCGAUGGGCAGUGGUGGUGGCGGCGGCGGCGGCGGCGGCGGUGGCUAUCCUCCCUCUUCGCGCCCGUCCGGCACAGCACCACCGGUCGCGGUGGUAAUGCCCACCGGGGCCGGUGGUGGCGUGGUGGCCGCCCCCGGUGUAGUGGUACCACCCGCGGACUAUCUGGACUAUCGACGUUCGGAGUACGAUCGAAGGCCUCCGCCAGCGGCAAAUAAUUAACUUAAACACCCUGCACCAGCGCGCCCCGUUGUUGUUUGUUUGUUUGUUCUCCUCAAAACAAAAAAAAAAACCCCAGUACUCAUCGAAUUGGUGAGAUCGAACGAGAUCCAUCGUUUCCUUCGUCCCUUCGGUCACGCAUCCAUCCGCAAGGUGGGGGCAAAGAGAGUAUUGUAAAUAGUGCGAAGCAAGCGGAACGUUUGGCAACUGUUACUGUAAAACGUGUGUACCAUUUGCAUAUACAUAUAUUGUACGGACCGGAAUAGUCGCGCUCGAAAGCGUGGUAAAGUGUGGUGUGUACAGUUCUCGGAAGUAAGAAGAGGAAGUGAAGAUGGAAUCGGUGGAAAACGUCAUCGUCGUCACGUCGUCACGUCGUAGACAAUUGUAUGUGUGUAUAGUGAACAGGAGUGAAAAUCACUUAAAUUUAAGAUAAUGUUUAGAAGAUUACGCAUAAGAAAGCGAGAAAAGAGAAAGAGAACGUGAGAGAAAACGAAUCCCUAAAAGGAGCUACUAUAGGAUUAGUGUAGCCGAAUUGGUCUAGGUUUACUCUCAUUGUGUGUAUCUAUAUCUGCCUCGAUUUUAGGGUGCUAAGCCGUGAAGACCACUUAGAAGAAUGUGUGAAAGUUGCGAGCGAGAGAAAGAGAGAGUGAGAGAGAGAAAGUAUGAAAUGGGAAUGAGCGCGCUUGUGUGUGUGUGUGUGUGUGUGUGUGUGUGUGUGUGUGUGUGAUGAUAAUGUAAGCAACAAAACAAACAUAGUGUUUAAUUGCGAAUGCAUGUGGAAAUCAUUUUUAAUUUGUAUUAAGUGAAAACAAAAAAGGCUAGAAUGAAAUUAUUCACUUUAAAACAACAAACCCCCCACAAAAAAAAAGAUCGAAAACACACGCGCACACACACAUCUCAUGCAAAUCAAAAAGUGGAAACCAUUUUAUCGUGGAUUUAGUUGCGAAAUGCUCACCCCACACCCCACACACUCCCACACAAAACAUCCCGCAGCAUCCAAUGUGCGAUGUUAUAAUAAUAAGUAAGGUUUAAUUUAUUUUACGCGAAAAAAGCCCGGUUUAAUAAGCAAUAGAAUCUAUUAGGUACCUCCUUUUUAUACCGCCCUAGAGAAUAUAGUAGCCAUGCAAACAAAAAGCAGCUGAAGAAGAAGAAGAAGAACAGUCAAUGAUGAAAGUAAUGUGAAGCCGAACCGAAAACGAUUUUGCUUUAGCGUGGAUUUACGAGGGUAUACGCCUUUACCAUCGUUUUCCUCCUCCCUAUUUUUGCUUUACCCCGUUGCGCACCCCAUGCGCAAGAGACACAUAUCGGGGCGGGCUUGCGCAAGCACACGUGGGGCGCGCGCAUCGAGAUGAACGCACGUGUCCGUUUUGUUGGGUUGUAAUUGAUCAAUCUCAUUUUUCUUUGCCGUUUUGCUAUCCGUUUUUUUAUUUUGACUUUCUUUAGGCUUUUCAAAAAGCUGGCUUUCCUUCGAUUAGAGGAUCUUUUCUUUUUUUUUUAUAUAUAUAUUACAUCCAUCCACGGCACGGACAAAAGUGCAUGAAGAAACACUAACGGCUUCUGUGUACGGCACGAAAUGAUUGUGAUGUUAUGCUCUAAGUUUUACAGUGCGUACGAAAGACACGACAGGCAAGCCAAGGAGGUGGUGGAGGAGGAGGAGGAGGAAAGCUAAAUCAAUGGACUACCAAGUGUACCGGGCGAAGCGCAAAAUCAAUCAGCCUUUCUGCCCCUCCACAAGUGAGCACGAUCGACUCCGGGUGCGGGCGUUAUACGAUAGACACAACUCUUCCACAAAUCCAUAUGGCGCGCAGGAAGCAGGAAAUAGGAACGGGCAAGCACAUCCAGAGACAGCCAAGUUAUACGUAUUUAGAAAGCAACCGGUGCUACUACCACUAGCAUCGGCCAGUUUCUUCAGGGGGCAUUAUUCAGGAACGAGAGAGAGAGAGAAGAUAGCAACAGCAUAGCAAUAGAACAUCUAGGGUAUGUACAGUUACAACAACAAAAAAGCUCUAUAUAUAUACAUAAAGAUACAUAACAUAUACGUAUAGGAAACGUGUGGAGACGCGGAAAAGUGGAAGAUGAUGAACCAGGAAAAAAGGCUUUAGCAAGGUAAGGAGAACAACACGUAGAGAGAUAACGGAAUAACACAACAAAACCCUUGUGCUAAUAACGAAAUUUGAACAACAAAUGCAGUUACAUUUGAUUCUAUACACAAAUAAACGAAAGGAAAAUUAUUCUUGAA